AAAAAGAGCUUAAUGAAAUUUAAGAGAUUCGAUAUUAUGUAAAAUCAAUCGGACAAACGAAAUUAUUUAUAUCUAUAUAUACCUGUAUAACGUUAUUUAUAGGAUAUCUAACUUAUUUGAAGAAUGUAUACUCUGAACUUAGCAGUUUUAUUUUAACAUUAAUGCUCACUUAAUAUGAUACAAAUAAACUUUUUUUUGUUAUUAAUAAUUUCAUCAGUUAGUACGGAUAAUAUUGUUUCAAUUGAUCAAUCCGUGGCACCUACGAAAUAUUGUAGGAAUAAGGAAAGAUUAGUAACGUCGGAAGAGAACGAUGAAUAUUUACUUAUAAGCGCUGAGAUCGAUACAAUUGUUGUGAUGGAAUGUCGAUUUUGCAAUGACAAGGAAGAGAGGCAGUCAAAAAUUUGGUACCAUCAAGAUCGAUAUAGAGAGACUCCUGAAAAAGAGAUUCAAUUAGGGAUGGACAACAACGCGUCGUUCAAUAGGAUUUACACUACUCCAGAUCUUUCUUUAGUAAUUAAAGACAUUGCAGUAACAGACGCUGGUAUUUACUUAUGCCAUGGUGAGGAAGGACAGGAGAUAGAGAAUAAAUUCAACUAUAGAAUCGAACCAAUUUUCAAAGAACAUGGAGUCUCGUAUAAAGAACAAGGGAACAUAACUGAUUGGGAGAAAUAUCGUGAAAUAUAUUUGGCAUCAGUUACCACACGAUUUGCCGUUUCACAAAUGUCUGAGUUGGCUCAAAUUCGAGAGGUUGGAAUACUGCUUCAAGUCACUUCAGAAUGGGCACCGUGGGGUCCAUGCGAACGUUGUGUACGUAAUCGAGGAUAUAAGACGAGUGUUGGAAAUUGUCAAUUAAAACGACAAAUAAAUGCGACUAUUGCCAACAAGAGCGAUUCAUCCAUAGUUAAGUUUUUUCGAAGAUCUCCUUCAUUACCCUGCAAAGCAAUUUUACUCGAAGAAGAAUUUCCUGCUGUUAGUAGUGCGGUGCGUCAUUUGCCGAUAUUUAUUUUAAAGGAAACAUGCAAAAAAUGUCCCCGCGUGAAAAGAGUAAAAGGUCGCAGAUUCAAGUACAUUAAACGAUUCGUACUAGCAGAAGGAGCUUAUCUUACGAUCGUUUGUCCCGAGUCAACUAUGGAUGCGCAAGUAUCGUGGAAGAAGGAUUCGAUUACAUUGGAAAGGGGUGUCCGACGAUCCUUUCGCAAAUUGGAUCCAGAAGCUCGCGUGAUAGUAGACGCUUUUGGAACGCUUUAUCUGAUAGAUGUUUCCACUCACGAAGAAGGUAACUACACGUGCUACAUCGAUAACGUUAACAUGAUGCAAGUAAAAGUCAUUGUUAUAUCUAAGGCAAGAUUAGUAACCCAAGAAUUUCUGCGUCAUCUGGGAUAUCUAGGCUUCAUAUUUCUACUUUGCUCGUUUUGUUACUGUAGUGGUCUGGUUUAUACAUGUAGACGAAGAGAUAAAUUCGACACAGUUGUUCCAAAGAAAGAUACAAUUGAGAAAGAAGAAGAAGAAGAAGGAGAAGAAGAAACACCAUUUAUAUAUUAAGGUUCAUGAUUCACGAAGUGACCGAUAACAGACGGUUGAUAAGAAUUGUGCAAG